AUGAUAGGUCCGAUCGAGGACGAAGCUUCCAUGCUUAACAUUAAUAAUGUUGUUGCAGCAAUCGAUGCAGUGAAACGCCCAAUCCCCACAUUCAAAUACCUCAAAUCAGAGUUAGAACGAAACGGCUUGCGUCCUCAACUCGCUGAUUGGCUGAGCACCAGCGUAAAAAGGGGUCCCGACCGUUCUUACGAGUUCGUUUUCACCACGCAGAUCAUCCGCGAGUUGCUGAAAACGUACCGAGAAGCAGACUAUUGGGAUGUGUUUGGUAAUCCCCCAGAUGGCUGCCACAUUCGUCUCGUUCGAGCGGAGAAAAAUCCAUUGUGGACGGAGGAUUUGGUGGAGAGAAUCGAAAUCCUGAGUGCAGAUCGUCCUGAAUCGAUCAGGACUUCAUGA